AUGUCAACAGCAUCAGGACCGCAAGAUGCAGAUCUGUCCAUCUACCUGCAUGCCGAGCUUCUCCCCAACAUCCGCCAAAUCACCCUCUACCUUUCACUUCCCCCAAUCCCGGUUUUAGAAGGGAUCCGACCGGAGAUCCGGCUGUCAGAAUCAUGCAAAUCUGUCACUGUCUCGCUAUCCAAGCCAUUUGAUCAUGUGGCAGAAACUAUUAAGCUGCCAGCACGUGUCACCGACGCCACAAGGCAGACCUUGAAUAUCAACACAGCCACUUCGAGCCCAGGGAAACCCACCAGUGGUGGGUAUGACUACUCAGUCAGAAUGUACAUUGACCCGGGUGACCCGGUACUUACACCCCGGGAUGAACUAAUUGAUGACUAUGUACCCUGGACCGCAGCAGAUAUGGCCUCGUCGACGCGAAUUCGAUGUCGUGGAUGUGGCACCCCUUUCUUGAGAGAGUCUCAUCCUCAUCAUGGAGCCGGGGAGAAUGAUCAGUCUAUUCUACGGGGAUGGCUCUGGAAGGACCUCCCGAGUGGAAACUGGGCAGAAAUGAUGGACUUUUGGCACUGCCACAAGCCUGAUCCCCAUGAAGACAAUCCCAAGUCCGACGCCGCCGCAGCUCUCAAGCUGGAAGACCAGAACGCCCAAAUCAAAGGGUUCGGAGCUUCCAGCCGUGUAGAGGCUAUCCCCGGGACUGUCCUGAUCGAUGUACCCACGUUCUUGCUCUCGGAGGCAGAUUGUGUGAACCUGAAAAAGGGUAACACGGAAGAAGCACGCGCUACUUCGGCCGAAGAGUCACUCAAGAGGACUUUGGAAUGCGCCACGUGCAACGCGAUCAUCGGCAUGGAAGACCCAUCGGCAAGAGGCUGGCGACUCCUCAAAGCCAACGUUUCUCUGAACACCAACGUCCCUAGUUCUGGAUCAGACGAGGACCAAUGGCAAAGCUAUCCCGCACAGAUGAUCGUCGCUGCACAGCUGCUCGAACUCAUCGAAAGAGAAAGUGCCCGGCGUUUUGUGGUUCACUGUGGCCAAAAAAGCGGUUUGUUGCUUUGGGUCUUCAACCCGGAUCUCCGAUACUCCAACUCUAGCUCCGGGCACAGUAUCAACGCCCAACAAGCCAUGAAGGUAUUUUUCCAGGAGACGCUGGAAAUCGACAAACUGCUUGCUCCCGAGAUAGGAAAUCCUUCGCCAUUGUCUGUGGAGGAGCUCGAAUUGCCUUCUAUGGUGUACCAAGCUACAUCUGAAGCCCUUCAGAGUAGUAAUCAGAUGCUACCUCCGACGGCAAGACAAUUCAAUGAAUGGCAAGUUGGACUGCUCAGUCGAUUCAGUCGACUUCAAGCAACUUGA